AUGUUUUUGAAGGCGAGCAGAGGGAAAAAAAUCCCCCCAGUGAGGGUCUAUGGGCCUGAUUGUGUAGCUCUGAUGGAGCCCCCUUUGAGCAAGAGGAACCCGCCAACGCUGAGAUUAGCGGAUUUGGCAACGGCUCAGGCCCAGCCGCUCCAGAACAUGACAGGCUUCUCGAUGCUGGCUUGCCCGCCCGCCCAUUCCCAACUCCGCGCCGUCGCCGCGCAUCUCCUCCACUCGCGGGACCCGGGCGCUGACCCCGGCGUGGCCGUCCCUGUGCUCGGACCCAAGCACAUGGCCCAGGCCAGCGCGCCGGGCCACAGCCCUCCCGCCCGGGCGGCGGCCGCUGCAGCCGCGGCGGCCGAGCUGUAUGGCCGCGCCGAACCGCCCUUCGCCCCGCGCUCGGGGGACGCUCACUACGGGGCAGUGGCGGCCGCGGCUGCCGCCGCCCUGCACGGCUACGGAGCCGUGAACUUAAACCUGAACCUGGCUGCGGCCGCGGCCUCGGGGCCCGGGCCCCACCUGCAGCAGCACCACGCACCGCCCCCGGCUCCGCCACCGGCGCCCGCGCAACCCCCGCACCACCCCCACCUCCCAGGGGCGGCCGGGGCCUUCCUGCGCUACAUGCGGCAGCCAAUCAAGCAGGAGCUCAUCUGCAAGUGGAUCGACCCCGACGAGCUGGCCGGGCCACCGCCGCCACCGUCCCCGGCCCCCGCCGGCUGCGCCAAGCCCUGCUCCAAAACUUUCGGCACCAUGCACGAGCUGGUGAACCACGUCACGGUGGAGCACGUGGGCGGCCCGGAGCAGAGCAGCCACGUCUGCUUCUGGGAGGACUGUCCGCGCGAGGGCAAGCCCUUCAAGGCCAAGUACAAGCUCAUCAACCACAUCCGCGUGCACACCGGCGAGAAGCCCUUCCCCUGCCCCUUCCCGGGCUGCGGCAAGGUCUUCGCGCGCUCGGAGAACCUCAAGAUCCACAAGCGCACUCAUACAGGGGAAAAGCCUUUCAAAUGUGAAUUUGAUGGCUGUGAUAGGAAGUUUGCCAAUAGCAGUGAUCGAAAGAAGCAUUCCCAUGUCCACACCAGUGACAAGCCCUACUACUGCAAGAUCAGAGGCUGUGACAAAUCUUACACUCACCCGAGCUCUCUGAGGAAGCACAUGAAGAUUCACUGCAAGUCCCCCCCACCUUCUCCAGGAGCUCUUGGUUACUCAGCCAUGGGGACUCCGGUGGGUGCCCCCUUGUCCCCGGUGCUGGACCCAGCCAGGAGUCGUUCCAGCACUCUGUCCCCUCAGGUGACCAACCUCAAUGAGUGGUACGUUUGCCAGGCCGGUGGGGCCCCCAGCCACCUCCACACACCUUCCAGCAACGGAACCACCUCUGAGUCUGAAGAUGAGGAAAUGUAUGGGAACGCUGAAGUUGUGCGGACGAUACACUAGAAUGUAUUAUUAUUAAUAGAUGAAAUAAUAUGUGGGAGUCCUUGGACCCUCUCCUAACCUGAGACAAUGCCGAGCCUGAGACAAACACAUGACUCAGACUUGCCACUGGUCUAAUUAGCCCUAUUUAUUCAAUA